AUGCAAGACACAAUCCAAAGAGGGAGUAUAAAAGCCCUAGUUUGUGGGCAUUCCUCGAUUAGUACCAGAAUGAAAGUUCUACUGGUGUCACUGUCUCUUCUGGCCCUGUGCCUGGGCGAACGUCGAACGUUCAAGGAUUAUCGUGUGUAUCGGUUGGAGCCACAGAUCGAAGAGCAGUUGGAGAAAUUGCGGCCGUUUGAGGCCACGAGCGAGAAAGUCAUCUUCUUGAAUGAUCUGCAUCUCGGUGCCAUUAAUGUGCUGGUUUCUCCCAGCUUCAAUGAGCAGUUUUUGGAGCUACUCAAGAUCUGGAAUAUCGCUCCAGAGCUCCUGGAUGCGAAUGCCCAGGAGAGCCUCUCGCUGGAUAUCGAACCCGUGGCGGAUGCGAAUCGUCGCAGCGAUGACUACUCCUGGACGGAGUACCACGAACUAAACGACACCCAUCGCUGGAUGCAGAACCUGGUAGAAAAGAACCCAGGCAUCGUCAGCACCUUUGUGGCUGGCCGCAGCUACGAGGGAAGAGAGCUCCUGGGCCUGAGGAUCAGACACAGUGCUGGGUCGGACGGGGGCGAACGUCAGGCCAUUUUUCUGGAGGGGGGAAUGCAUGCCAGGGAGUGGAUCAGUCCAGCCACCGCCACGUACUUUGCCAAUCAAUUGCUCAGCUCGCAGCAGCCGGAAAUCCAGAGCCUGGCGCGCUCCUACGUGUGGUAUAUCCUGCCUCAUGCUAAUCCCGAUGGAUAUGUCUACACUCAUUCCACGAAUCGCUUGUGGCGCAAGACACGUAGUCCGCAAGCGAAAAACUGCAUGGGAACCGAUCCCAAUCGGAACUGGGGCUUUCACUGGAACGAGGUGGGAGCCAGCGAUGAGCCCUGCUCGGAGUCGUAUGCCGGACGCAAGGCCUUCUCGGAGCCCGAGACGGAGUCACUCUCGCAGUAUCUGAUGACCCUACCAGAGCCGGUGUUCAUGUACCUCUCGCUGCACUCCUUCUCCCAGCUGCUGCUCUAUCCGUACGGACACACCUCCUCGCUGCCUGAGAACCAUCGCCAGCUGGAGCGCAUUUUCUCCGCUGCUUUGGGGGGUAUGAAGCGGCGAUUUGGCACCCGCUACACGGGGGGAAAUGUCUACGAUGCCAUCUAUCCGGCGGCAGGUUCCAGCAUGGACUGGGCCUAUGGGGUGCUCAAGACCAAGUACUCUUUCACCUACGAGCUGAGACCCUCGGGCUAUAGCUUCUGGACAGGCUUCAGGCUGCCGGCGUCACAGAUAAUCCCCACGGGACAGGAGACAACGGAUUCGCUGGUGGAAAUGGUAAAGGCCGCUGCCGCUAUCGAGGGCUACAAGUUGCAAUAAAAAGUAAAUACG